AUGACGAAUCUUGACAGACCUCAACGAAUAAAUCAAAAUAUUCCGGACUUAUAUACUCUUAACCCGGAAUUCCAAAGAAAUCAAACCCCAACUGGUUCAUCUCAAUCAAUCUCAUGCAAAAGCUUACAGAAUAACCAAAUCAAUAGCAAGAAAAAAGUAUUUCGGUAUAAUAAAGAAAAUGAGAAAUUCGAUUAUUUCGCUCAACUAGAUUCUUUACAAAGAGAAAUUGAAAGGCUAAAAGAUCAUAUUGAGAAUAAAAAGUCCUCUUACAGCAAAGAAAUUAAUGAUUUAAAACUCUCUUAUGAAAUCAAAAUUCAAACAUUUGGAGAAGCACACAAAAAGCAAUUUUCUUCAAUAAAUACACAAAUUGACGAAAAAAAUAUGAAUUUGGAUAAGAUAAGAACAGAAAUCAGUAAUGAGAAGGCUCAAUUAGAAAAACAGUUAAAAGAGCUAAGACAUGUCUGUCUGCAUAUGGAGUCUGAAAAUAAAGAAAUAAAAAAAGAGUUAGAAAUUUUAAAAGAGAGAAAUCGAGUCCUAACUCAAGAAGAAAUCCCUAGCUUGAGAGUAAGCAUUUUUCAUAUGAAAGAUCAUUAUAAUAUAGAGUUGCAAAAUUUAAAUAAACAAAAAGAAAAAGAGCAUGAAGACUGUAAGAGGGAAAUUGACGGCACUCAAGCUGAAAUAUUAAAAUUAAUUACUGAUUUAAAUGAAACAAAGAACAGUCACAAACAGAAGGAAAAAAUAAGAAGCCAAGAAAUUUUGAAAUUAAAAGAAAAGCUGAUGGCAAUGUCAAAAGAAGCAUUAGAUAAAGAAAAAGAAAUUAAAGAUACAUUAAUAUCUCUUGAAGCAUAUAAAGAAGAAGGAGGGAGAUUUUCUAAAGAAGCAAGGAAAUUGGAAAGGAAUCUGAAUACUGAGAUGAAAAUGAAGGAAAAAUUAAGCAGAAAAAUAUCAAAGCUCACCAAAUUAGUAUAUGGAAACACUGAUAAGUCUCCCCGUCGACAGCCUAAUAGUGGUAAAUCGUAA